AUGGAUGCCCAUCUGAAUAAAGCUGGCUUGUCCAAGGGCCACCGACGGACAACAAGUGACAUAGAAUUCAGAGAUGCCAUGCGUAAAGAUGCACAGUCAGCCUUGAACAAGGAACUCAGCAAACUCUUGAUGACAUCUCCAGAAGGCAUGCAACAGCGUGUGAAAAAAGAAUUUGAAGAAUUUGAGAACCUAUUUGGCAGAUUUUUACGAGAGAGUGGACCCUCCGUUGAAUGGGAUAAGAUGAAACUGUUAGCCCCAGAGUCAAUAAAGAAGUACAAUCAUCUGCCAUCGCCUGGAACCAAGGAUAUGAAAGAUCUCCUAAACCAGCUGGUUGUCAUUAAACUGAAUGGUGGCCUGGGCACAAGUAUGGGCUGUACAGGACCGAAGAGUGCCAUCCAGGUCAGAAAUGAGCUGACCUUUCUUGACCUGAAUGUACAGCAGAUUGAGCAUUUGAACAAGAUGUAUGAUGUUGAUGUGCCACUGGUGUUGAUGAAUUCCUUUAACACAGAUGAAGACACACAGAAAAUUCUCCGCAAGUACAGCCAGAUCAAAGUCAGCAUUUUUACUUUUAACCAGAGCAGAUAUCCAAGAAUAAACCGGGACACACUGAUGCCAGUUCCUUUGAGUUUUUCAGAAGAGACACUUGAAGGCUGGUACCCACCAGGCCAUGGUGAUGUUUACUACUCCUUCUACAACUCGGGCCUGCUGGACAAAUUCAUCAGCGAGGGCAAGAAAUAUAUUUUUGUCUCCAACAUUGACAACAUGGGAGCCACUGUGGACCUGAAUAUUUUGAAUUUUCUACUUGGCACACAAGAAAGUACAGCUUCAGAGUUUGUCAUGGAGGUCACAGACAAGACAAGAGCAGACGUGAAGGGUGGUACACUGAUUGAGUAUGAUGGGAAGCUUCGCCUGUUAGAGUUGGCUCAAGUUCCUUCAGAUCAUGUAGAUGAAUUCAAAAGUGUGAGCAAGUUCAAGAUUUUCAAUACAAACAAUUUAUGGAUAAGUCUGGCAGCAAUGAAGAGAGUUAUUCUUGAUGAGACACUACACAUGGAGAUUAUCCUGAACCCAAAGACACUUGACAACGGCAUGAAUGUGAUACAGCUUGAGACGGCUGUUGGAGCUGCCAUUAAAAGUUUUGACAGAGCUGUAGGAAUAAAUGUACCACGAAGUCGAUUUCUACCAGUUAAGACCACUUCUGACCUGUUGAUAGUAAUGAGUAAUCUGUAUGCCUUAAAGACAGGAGCCCUGGAAAUGUCACCGAAAAGGUCAUUUCCUACUGUGCCCCUGGUAAAACUGGGACAUCAGUUCUCUAAGGUUAAAGACUUUCUGCACAGAUUUGCCAGCAUUCCUGAUCUUUUGGAGCUAGACCAUCUAACAGUAGCAGGGGAUGUCAACUUUGGGAAAAAUGUCAGUCUUAGGGGUACAGUUAUCAUUAUUGCCAACCAUGGUGAAAAGAUCGACAUUCCAAUGGGCUCUAUUCUAGAGAACAAAAUUGUGUCUGGAAACUUGAGAAUCCUAGACCACUAG